AAACAGAGUUACGUUGAGAUCACAUGACUUUCAUAUGCUUUCAAUGAGAGGCAAAGGACACCAAAGUUUGCCACUUCUCUCACCUUUCAGUCACUUCUCAAUACAGAUGCGAUGAUUUCAUCAGUUACAAUUGAUUUGCAUUUUUAUGGUUACAAUUGAAUCACUUUUAACGCAAUUAAUACUCAUUUGAAUUAAUGGUCACUUGUUAUGAAGUACUGCUAAGAGUGUAGACAAUGACGGAAAGUGCACACAUUUUGGGCAAAAUAGUGAUCGGCGGUGGGACGGGAUUCAUAGGCACCGCCAUCGCAGACGCCUUACGCGCCGCCAAAGCAGAUGUUUGGGUCGUCUCACGAAUGCCGGCCAACCGAUCACUCUCUUGGACGGACAUCAGUAAGAAAGGUAUACCUGAAGGGACGAGGGCUGUGAUCAACGUCUCGGGUCAGAACGUACUCGACUUCAGACGCAAAUGGACCGAAGGAUUCAAACAAAAUGUAAUUCAUAGUAGAGUUCAAACAACCAAAAUGUUGGCCAAUGCUGUCAAACGUAUGAAAAAACGGCCGGAAGUGGUGAUCAACAUCUCUGGUGUUGGCUUUUAUGAGCCGAGUCUCACCAAUGAAUACACCGAAGAGUGUAAAGGAGGCAAUGAUUUCAUGGCUCAGUUGUGCUCAGAUUGGGAGAGAGCAGCCCAACUGUCCCCAGAUUUGGGGGUUAGAAAUGUAAUCAUUAGAUCGGGAGUUGUUUUGGGACUCUACGGAGGUAUUCUAAAGCAAAUAUACCUCCCAUUCUAUAUGGGUUUGGGUGGACCUAUAGCUUCCGGGAAGCAGUACUUGCCAUGGAUUCAUAUCGACGAUUUAGUCAAUCUUUUCCUGUUUGCCAUCGAAGAGCAACACGUGAACGGAGUCCUCAAUGGAGUUGCGCCACAACUCAUCACAAACUAUGAGUUCUCCAAAGGUUUGAUAAUCACUCAUGUUUUGACGUAUAGUUUAAUCAUUUUAAUUGUAACGCAAGCUGUGGGCCGAGCGAUGUGGAGGCCUACUCUCAUACCAUUGCCCGAGUCUGUAACGGACAUCAGUAAGAAAGGUAUACCUGAAGGGACGAGAGCUGUGAUCAACGUCUCAGGUCAGAACGUACUCGACUUCAGACGCAAAUGGACCGAAGGAUUCAAACAAAAUGUCAUUCAUAGUAGAGUUCAAACAACCAAAAUGUUGGCCAAUGCUGUCAAACGUAUGAAAAAACGGCCGGAAGUGGUGAUCAACAUCUCUGGUGUUGGUUUUUAUGAGCCGAGUCUCACCAAUGAAUACACCGAAGAGUGUAAAGGAGGCAAUGAUUUCAUGGCUCAGUUGUGCACAGAUUGGGAGAGAGCAGCCCAACUGCCCCCAGAUUUGGGGGUUAGAAAUGUAAUCAUUAGAUCGGGAGUUGUUUUGGGACUCUACGGAGGUAUUCUAAAGCAAAUAUACCUCCCAUUCUAUAUGGGUUUGGGUGGACCUAUAGCUUCCGGGAAGCAGUACAUGCCAUGGAUUCAUAUCGACGAUUUAGUCAAUCUUUUCCUGUUUGCCAUCGAAGAGAAACACGUGAACGGAGUCCUCAAUGGAGUUGCGCCACAACUCAUCACAAACUAUGAGUUCUCCAAAGCUGUGGGCCGAGCGAUGUGGAGGCCUACUCUCAUACCAUUGCCCGAGUCUGUAGUGAGACUGGCAUUUGGUGGCGAGCGCGCCGUUAUGAUGACUGCCGGACACAAAGUCAUACCCAAAAGGACUUUAGAUUUAGAUAUAGAUAGCGCA